GUAGAAAAGACUUGAAUUCUGAAAGGAUAUUCUUCUAUAAACUUGAUCAUCACUAGAUCUACACACAAGUCAAAGGGUUUUUUUUACUUCAAGUGAUUUCAAAUCUAGGGUUUUCAUUCUAGUAAUCUUUGCUACAUCUGAAAAAGCUCAAAGCUUUGGCUGAUUUUAAAAAAAAUUAAAGUUAGUUUUUUUUUUGUGGUUUUGGAGAGAAAUCAAUCAGUGGGUUUGUGUAAAUGCUGAUUAAAACACUAAAUCUUCAGAAGAUUUAAAGAGAAGAAGUUGUGGUGGUUUCAAUGUCUUGGCCUGGUUCUGAAGAUAUAUUCCUUUCUACUUCUCUUGCUAGCUAUCUUGACAAGAAGCUUCUUGUCUUGCUGAGAGAUGGCCGAAAACUCAUGGGGAUACUCCGUUCUUUUGAUCAAUUCGCAAAUGCGGUCCUUGAAGGUGCAUGUGAACGAGUAAUUGUUGGAGACCUAUACUGUGACCUUCCAUUAGGUCUUUAUGUAAUCCGCGGGGAAAAUGUUGUCUUAAUAGGAGAACUGGAUUUAGAGAGGGAGGAACUUCCCCCACAGAUGACUCGUGUUUCACCCGCAGAGAUAAAAAGGGCGCAAAAGGCAGAAAGGGACGCCACAGAUUUGAAAGGCUCCAUGAGAAAAAGAAUGGAGUUUCUCGACAUGGACUGAAGAUUUCUACUACUACUGCUACCUGUACCACAUUUUGCCCUGCCGUUUUUUUUGAAUGGGGUGAACGUGAAUCCAGGCCAUAUGUCAUCCGCAAAUAUUAUCGCGGCUGAUUCUUGCUGGCUAAAGUUGUUCAGAUCAGAUGGGUCCAGUCUACUCGCCUUUUAGUUCAUAUUAUCAGACGAAUGUUCAAUAUAUAAGUAGUAGCUCAUGAAGUUGUGAAUUGUUCUGGAACUAGGUUCUUUUAAUCUUACUCGGGACUUCUGUUGUUUCCUCUGUUAAAAGCUAAAGAAAGAGACAAACGAAAUAGACAA